AUGGCGGAGACGGCGCUUGGCAUGGCUACCACACUGGUGGGCAGCGCGCUCGGCGUCGCCUUGUCAGCGGCAAGGGAGGAGAUGGGCCUACUGCUCGGGGUGCAGGACGAUAUCUGGUUCAUCAGCAAUGAGCUAAAGAUGAUGCAAGCCUUCCUCAGGGCAGCUGACGGGGCACGUGAGAACAUUGGGGUGCUAAAGGCGUAUUCGGAGCUGAUCCGCGACUUGGCCUAUGACAUUGAGGACAGACUAGAGGAGUUCAUGGUCUUCGUCAAGCACAAGAACCUCUGUCAGCAACUUCUCAGCUUGCGAGAGCGCCAUCGCAUUGCUGUCCAGAUAAAGACUCUCAAACUAAGAGUCCAGGAGGUGAGCCAAAUGAAUAAGAGGUACAAUGCCAUCAAUCUCACACCAUCCACCUCCAGUAAUGUGAUAGGUGACACAGAGUUCACCCGGAAUUUCACGGCUUUAAAUGUUGAGGAAUCCCAGCUUGUUGGUUUGGAUGAGCCGAAGAAGAAACUGAUGGAAUUAAUAGCCAAAUUGAAGGAACCCAAGGAACAUGAAACCUCCAAUGCUGGUCCAAGAGUGGUAUCCCUUGUUGGGAUGGGCGGCCUCGGCAAGACAGCUCUCGCCAAGAAGGUGUUUGAUAGCAAGGAUCUUAGUGACAUGUUUGGCACCCGUGCUUGGAUCACAGUGUCACAGUCAUUUGACCAAAAGGAGAUUUUUAAGGAGAUGGUGAAGCAACUCUUUGGAGUUGAGUCAUUGAACAGGCUCUUCAAAGAUCAACAAGGGCAGGAGGUAACGGAAGCAAAUCUUGCUGGCCACAUAUCCAAAGAACUUCAGGAAAAAAGGUACCUUAUUGUUUUGGAUGAUGUUUGGACCAUUGAUGCAUGGAACCGCAUUAAGGUUACUUUCCAAUGUAGUGGUAAGGAUGAUAGUUGUGUGGUAGUGACUACAAGGAAUCAUAAAUUAGCUGAAUACUGUAGUCCCCCAUCACACAUCCACCAACCUGAAUUCCUAGGGAAAGAAGAGGCUAGAACCUUGUUUCUAAAAAAGACAAAGAGAAGUCUUGAUGACCUAGAGAAAGGUGACAAAACCAAAGGAAUAGUUGAAAAAAUAUUGCACAAAUGUGGUGGACUACCACUUGCUAUUCUGACAAUUGGAGCCCUACUUGCCAAUAAGGACACAGAGGAGUGGGAGAGUAUAUACAAGCAACUCCCCUGGGAUCUUGCAACUAAUCCAAGCCUUGAUGCGCUAAGGCGAGUGGUUAGCCUUAGUUACAACCACCUCCCUUGGCAUCUCAAGCCUUGCUUUCUGCAUCUUAGUAUCUUUCCUGAAGAUUUUGAGAUUGAAAGAAAACACCUAGUGAAUAGGUGGGUAGCUGAAGGGUUGGUAGCAGAUGACACAAGUACAAGAACACUUGAAGAAGUUGCUGAAAAUUACUUCUAUGAGCUCAUCAGCCGGUGCAUGAUUCAACCAUCUAAGUUAGAUAAUAUGGGGAAGGUGAAAACAUGCAGAAUUCAUGACAUUGUGCAUGAUAUUGCGGUGUCAAUCUCUAAGCAGGAGAACUAUGCAUUCAUACAUGGAGAACACACCUCCAACAUAGCAACAAGAGUUGGUAUCCGGCAUCUGUCAUGUGUUGCUUUCAGGAAACUGAACAUUGCCAUGGAUUUAAGCUGUGUCCGGUCUUUAACUGUGUUCAGUGAGCCUCCGGAGCUAGCAUCCUUACUUUGCUCAUCCAAAUUCAAGAUGUUGAGGAUUCUGGAUUUAAAACAUGCUCAAUUUGCGGAAAGCCAACAAGAUAUAAAAUACAUGGGGUUGUUGGUACACUUGAAGUACUUGCAUUUUCCAUUGGGUUCAAAUAUUUAUACACUUCCAAGGUCUAUAGGCAAUCUGCUAGGCUUACAGACUCUUGACAUACGAAAAUCAAAAGUUGCAACCCUACCAACAGAAAUCACUAAGCUCCAUAACCUUCGCAGCCUUCGAUGCAGCAAGGUAGGCACUUAUGUUCGUUUCGAUACAGAUGAACCUGGGGAGUGGUUCAAGGAUGCCAUAGAUUAUUUAAAGUGUGAUGCUACUGCAACUGCUGACCUGCACAUGGCCCAGUCUAGCUGCUGGUCUACUUCAUCUGGCAUUAAGUUGCCUAGAGGAGUGAGAAAAUUAAAAGAGCUACAAAUACUAGAGAAAGUGGAUAUCAAGCGAACAAGCCGGAAAGCAAUCAAGGAGCUUGGGGAACUAACUCAGCUGAGGAAGAUAGUUGUGACAGGGAGAGGGGCCUCAAAGAAAAAAUGCAAGGCUUUCUGUAAGGCUGUGCCAAAACUGUCCACCCUCCGUUCCCUCAGUGUGAGUACUAAGGAGUGGAGAAAAGAAGCUGAUGUGCUGGAUAAGGUGGUUUCUUUUACAUCCUCUCUGCCCUCUCUUGAGCGUCUCAAGUUGAAGGGGCUUCUUCAGAAGAUACCUGCUUGGGUUGGUAAAUGUGACAACUUGGUGAAGGUUGACUUAAAAUAUUGUCAGCUCAAGGAAUUGGAGUACUUGGCUGAACUGCCCAACCUGGUGCGACUUCGUCUUAAGGGAAAUGCAUUCAAUGCAGAGAAGUUAGUGUUCCGGGAGCAUGGAUUCCCAAAGCUCAGGAUCUUCCUCAUACAGAAUCGUUAUGGAAUGGCACUGACAGAGGUGACCUUUGAGCAGAGCACCUCGCCUAACAUGGAAACAAUAGACAUCUUGGAUUGCAAUUUGACAACAGGGAUCAAUGGUAUCAACCACCUUCCAAAGCUCAAGAAGAUUUCUAUUCUGUACGGUUGUUUGGGGGAGCAAGGUAUGCUACAGGAGGAAGUGGAGAAUCACACGAAUCACCCUGUGCUGCAAAUGUUGGAUGUUUCCGAACCAAGGUAG